AUGAGUGGCGCCCAAUUCCUCUCCCGGCGUAUUUUGAGAGCGACAGCUCUUCGCCUACUAAAUCGCCGAUUCGCUUUUGCAAUCGCAGCGACAGCUACACUCAGCGCCAAAUCAGUCCACAUAUACGCUCAUCUUGACGCGUUGCAGAAAGGAGAGAUCCUAUUCUGGGGACUCUCCUUCUUUUCGCAAGACACAGCAUGUCUAUUAGCUAUUCGCAUGCUAGUCGACCAGUCACUGGGCACCGCGCUGUCAAUAUUGGUCACAGCUGUGGUGGUGUUUCUGGUCGCAACAGCCGCAAUAUCAGAAUCUUUUUUCUUCACCACGGGGACAGAGCUUCAGUGGCGUAAUGUUGCUCUGGCCAGCGAUUCGUCUUCAAGGCCGAUACUAUCAGCAGGGUGGAUAUAUUGCUUAUUAUCAACCUUUGCAAUGUUUAUGAUUGCAGGGAUAUUGCAAAAUCUCUUUGAUCAAGUAUCCAGAUGUGCACUGGACAUUUUACAGUGGCCAGUCUCGCUUCUAUCAAAUAGGCUACCAGUCUUGAAUCACUGCAGCCACUCGAGAGAGACGUAUAAGCAUCUACCUCAACACGAUGUGGAAUGUAUCGAAGAUGUUUACAAGGAAGUCGAACUGGGGGAUCAAAGACUGGAAAACGAUAAUAUGCCGCCAACCAAAUGCACCUCUUAUUUACGACUAUUUGUCGGCCUUGUGUUGGCAGCCCAAGCCAUCUGUACGAUUACACGGCCAACAGAUCACUCGCUUAUCUUCAUGUCUUGGACAUUACCGCUAAUGCCUUUUGUGGAUUUCAUGUUCUCGACACCUUCUCUGGCCGGCUUCCUUGCCAUGUCAGGCAAUGUCAUUGAUGCGCUGCAUAAUACCACGGCUUUAGGCGAACCAAUCCCCUGGGCUUGGUUGCCAAAUAAUGCGUCGCUUCAAGGAUUUCAGGAUUGGUACGAACCGGACAAAGAACACUACAGCGCUUUGCAUGAUCCACUGAAGCUUUCAAAUCUUGAUGAAGAUUUGCUUCUGCCUCUGCGAGCCAAUCUAGAUGACGUUCCCAUCCGUCACAUUGUACUAGUAAAACUUGAGAGCACACGCAAAGAUGUCUUUCCAAUCAAGAAGAACAGCUACAUAUGGAAUCGUCUCGCUCACUCAUCAUUUCAGAAUUCCUCGAUGCCGGCAGAAGCGCAAGAAAGGUUGUCGUCCCUGACUUCAACUGCAAAAUACCUCACCGGAGACUUUGGCGACGGCUUUGGCGGAAAAGCUGGCGUCCCGCGCGGUGGUAUCAAUGCAAACAACGCCUUUACUACUAGUACUUGCACGUUGAAGAGCUUAGUCGGGACGCAUUGCGGCAUAAGUCCACUGGCUGCUGAUUUUAACGUUGAGACAGACCAUCAUAUCUACCAGCCAUGCCUGCCUCAUAUUUUUGAAGCACUGAACCAGCUAAACCACAGGCACGACGAGGUAUCGGACGAACAUUUUACUUCAUAUAAGUGGAAAACUGCUUUCAUGCAGUCAGUGACGUUAGGAUAUGACAAACAAGAUCGCCUCAUGCGAAAGAUAGGAUUCACUGAUCCGCUAGGUUCGUUCGAAUUGAGGGAUGAGGCGGCCAAGCUCGGACCAGUCGAUCUUCCCGAUAUCAACUACUACGGCAUGCCAGAGCGUGCCGUAGAAGACUACUUUCGGGAUGCUUUUGCUUCAGCUAAGAAGAAUAAUGAAAGAGUCUUCUUGUCUCACUUGACGAGCUCGACGCAUCACGACUUUGGCUUGCCGAAAGACGAGAAAUAUGUGCCGCUGGCUGGCGACCCGGACCUUGAUGAUCUUUCACAUUAUUUGAAUACAGUGGGCUACGUUGACCGCUGGCUGAAAAUAAUUCUCCAAAUCUUGGAUGAAGAAGGCGUUGCAGAUGAGACCUUACUCGUCGUUGUUGGAGAUCAUGGCCUCUCAAUCGCAGAGCGAGGAACCAUCACUCCGUAUAGCAACCCGCACAUUGCAAACUAUCAUGUGCCGCUGGUUCUAUCGCAUCCCAAGCUGCCAAGCAUCAACAUUGAUGAUCCGGUCUCUUCCAUCCAGAUUCUCCCAACUAUUCUAGAUCUUCUCCUUGAGACUAAGUCUCUCUCAAAAUCCGAGGCAGAGGCGGUGCGCGACAUGAUCCAAAACUACGAAGGCCAAUCCCUCAUAAGGCCAAUGCAGAAUUUCUCUGAAACAAACGGACAAGGAGGCUGGCAGUUCGCAGUUAUGAAUCCCGGCGGAUCAACCAUCGCUGUUCGAGAUGCUCGCCAGCCCAACUGGCGACUGAUUGUGCCCGUCAUUGGUUACUACGAAUGGAGAUUUACAGAUCUAGAAACAGAUCCUCACGAAGAUAGUCCAUUAUUAUCAUAUGACUACAAAGCCAUCUUGCGUAUCGUGGAGGAAGCAUUUGGGCCUGAGGCCGCGGCGUGGGUGGAAGAGGCUGCUACGGUUACUCGGUGGUGGACCGACGAGAAUUAUAAGCGCUGGCGCUACAAUGCAUGA